GUUGAAAUGGCGCCAGACAGUACAUACGCCUGCGGAAGGCUGCUUUCACAGACGUGUUUGCAGUUCGUUUAUGUGGUGGCGUGAAGGAUGCCUCCCCCUGUUUCAGAGUAGCUGUGCAUGGACAUUUGGGUUAUUUGGAGUCUUUUCUGCUGUCCCCACUAGCCCUGUGCCAAUGUCACUUGAUACUUUCGCUGGUCUUCGGGAUGGACUUCUAGGAAGAGUGUUCCCGGGUCCUAUGGGAAGACCUGUCUCCCCCCGAGACCACCGAGACGUUUGGUCCCCGUCAUUUUGUGACGGAGUUUAGUGCCCGAGCACACAGCCCUCCCUUUGUUGGCACAAAUCCUGGCCUUGUUCUCGCUGGCCGUGACCCCUCGUUAAAGCCCCGAACCAGCUCUGGACACACAGGCUGCCUCCUGCCGUCGGGAGUGUGUCUUCUGGGCUCCUCCGGCCAAUGAUCAUUUUGCAGCAAGAACACCAGCCUGGCUUCAUUCUCCGUGCCCGGCGCGUUUCCUCUCAUCUCCUCACCGUCCUGCCUGGCAGGAGGUGCCAGGGGGGCCCACACUCUUGGUCCGAGGACAACCAGGCAUCAUGGGGACUGGAGACAAGCGCUCGGCCGCUCAGAACCUGGAACCCGAUGCUGCCCAGAUACCGUUGCUGGAACCCAGGACGCCUGGACCACCAAGAUGGAACACUCCCCAAGAGCCGCCGCCCCGGCCACCGCCGCCUCGGCCACCGCCGCCUCGGCCACCCCUUCCUUCCCCUCCUCCCCCUCCGCCUCCAGGAACUCACGUUCUGCCCCCGAUGUACAUGCAAGGCCCCCAGGGGAUUCAGCCAGCAGUGUUCACCAGCUUGCCUAGGAUGGGGACUGCCACCCCCAUACGGUCCAUAUGUCAGUACUGCGGGAACUACAUCAUCACGGUGACCAGCCCGGUCCCAGGGGUCCUCACCUGGAUGCUGUGUACCGGCCUCUUCAUCUUUGGAUGCUUCCUGGGCUGCUGCUUCCUCCCCUUCUGUGUGGACAGCUUGAUGGACGUGAAGCACACGUGCCCCGUGUGCCGACAGGAGCUCUUCCGCUACCAUCGCCUAUGAACCCGCACAAAAUAAAUGUCCACUGAGUGCCCUU